AUGGAUUACUAUGACGCGGAUGCGGUUGACUUCGACCAAGAGGACGCAGGGUUCGACACCGAGGGCUACGCAUCCUCUAAGGAGCUCAUUGUGUUUUUGAUCGACGCACAUCGAUCAAUGUUCAGCAAGAUUCAGGAAGUUAAGGAGUAUGAAGACGCAACUUGUUUUGAGCUGGCCCUCAGGGUGGCAAAAGACAUGCUGAAAGUGAGGAUUCAGGCCUCAGAAUCUGAUGAAAUCGCUGUGGUAUUCUAUGGAACGGAAACAUCCCAGAACCCCAGUCAAUUUCAGAAUGUGCAUGUCUUCUUGGACCUUGAUGUCCCUGAUGCGAUGAGGAUCUGCAGUCUGGAUGAACUGACAGUUGAGAAGUUCCAAAGCGAGAUCCAGAGCCAAAGUGUUUCCAAGGAGAGGCCUGUAGAGGCUCUCAAGUACGCUCUGUGGACAACAAGCCAGAUGUUUGCCAGCAGUGCAUCCAAGGCCAGCAAGAGAAUAUUCCUGCUCACCAACAAUGAAGAUCCGUGCAGUGGCUCUGAUGUCGGUGAAGCGUUGAGAACUCAAGUAAUUGCUCGUGCUGAGGAGCUGCGCGAUGCCCAAGUGGCACUGCAGCUGUUUGCUCUUGUACCUCCUGGAGCACAAUUCGAUCACGACAAAUUCUGGCGAAGCGUCACAGACAUAUUGAAGGACGAAUCCCAGGAUUCAUGGGAGGAUGGUAGUGACGUGCUGACACAGUUGGAUGCCCUCCUUCAUUCAGCGCGACGUUGCCAUUACAAAAAACGAGCAACAACAUCGACGAGAUGGCAUCUGGGGGAGAAUCUUGAGAUUGCAGUGCAGUUGUUUACACUGUUGCGGAAAGCUGACAAGGGUGCAACGGUUUUCUUGGAUGGAAAGACUAAUGAAGAACUUCGAUCGGAAACUGCCUAUGUGUGUCAAGGCACGGGCGCGAUUCUGAGUGACGUGUCAUGCUCAUACUUUGAGCCAGCGAGCGGAGACAAAAGCAGGUAUCCCAAGGUUCUUUUUCACAAAGAUGAAAUGCGCGCUGUGCGAUGUAUUCGCCCACCAGGUCUCACCCUGCUGGGUUUCAAGCCCCUUUCUUGCCUCAAGGACUGGCAUCAAGUCAGUCCCCCAAGCUUCGUUUUCCCCGAUGAGAAGCAGGUGAAGGGUAGCACCACUGCCUUCAUCGCCUUCCACGACCGCAUGCUGGCAUCCAAAAAGUUUGCCCUCUGCCGAUUUGUGCGCAAUGAGCGAGCGGAGCCACAGCUCGUGGCCCUGGUGCCGCAGCAGGAGGUGCUGGACUCCUUUGGGGCUCAGAUAGAGCCGCCAGGAAUGCAGAUGAUACAUCUUCCAUAUUCUGAUGAUGUUCGGUAUCCAGAAAUCGAUCGCUCUGUUAUUGGAUUUGAGAUCAAGAGAGCAACUGAACAUCAGAUUGCCCAAGCGAGAAAGGUGGUGAAGGGGAUAUCCUUGCCUGCAGAGUUUAUCAGCUAUGAGUGUGCCAACCCUGCCAUUGAACGUCACUAUCAAGUCAUUGAGGCUGUGGCUUUGCAGAAGCCAGUGCCCGACGUUGAAGACAUGACAGACGACACGGUACCCGAUGUGGAGGGCAUGAGGCGGCAUCUCCCCAUCGUGCAAGCAUUCAAAGAUGCAGUGUACCCGCACGGGGCCCCCGUCCCCAGUGCCCCGAAGUCGGGCAAGGCGUCGCUCGCAGGGUCGAAAAGGAAGUCAAGCGACAAUGCAGAUGCCACAGCGUGUGCCGCCUCAGUUGAUUGGCACGGCCUGGCGGAAAACGGGAACCUGGGGUCGUUGACAAACAAAGUGUUGAAGGCAUACUUGCAAAGCCACGGUCUGCCUUGUAGCGGCAGCAGAAAAGCAGAUUUUGUUGAGCGCAUUAGGGAGCACCUUGGGUACAGAAAAUAG